UAAUAAACUAAAUAGAGUGUUGUUAAAAACGUAAGUGAAAUACUAGGUACCUAAACCGAACAUAACACACAUAAAUAUAUAUAGAUAUAUAUAAUAAUACUGAUUUGUAUUUGUCGAUAAACUAAGUGGAUUUUGAUACUAAAGUGAAGUGAAGUGUUCUAAAGUGAUUCAAAGAACAGUGUUGUGUCUAAUUGAAGGGAUUCUUUAACUAAAGAUUGGUAAAUGUCAGCAGGCGUGUCUGAUCAGCGGAUGAAAGGACAGGGUAAUCAAGUAAGUAAUGGACCGAAGGAGCAGUUAGAUGAUGUUAGUAAUGUAGUUGUGGCUACAACAACUGGUACAACUGUGGGUGCUGCUGUCAAUGAAGACUUUGAAUCAUGGCGAUCACAACAACAACAACAACAUGGUCAUGGACCUCAUCAUCAUGGUGGUGUGAAUGCACCACAUCAAGCACCUCACACACAACACACUGCACCAACAGCUGCACCAUAUGUACCAAUAUCUAGUACCACAGAUCCAUACAACAUGAGUAGUGCUGCUGCUGCUGGCUACUAUGGAAGUGGUGGAACAUUUCCAUAUCAAGCGUUUGGUGUUGGUGAUGGUACUUGGUCUAAUGGUACAGAUCCUAUGACUUUUUUAGGUGGUUAUACAACACACGAUUCAUAUUCAAUGGAUGGUAUGUUUGGCCCACCAUCAACAACAUUCUCAACGAAUGCAUUUGGUCAACCAACUCCACCAUCUACAUUUAAUUAUUUUCCUGGUAAUGGUGGUGAUUAUUCUACGUGGAGUGGUGGUGCUGCAACAGCUGCUGGUGGCGGUGCUGCUGCUACCGCAGCUGGUGGUGCACAACAACAACAGCAACAACGUAAACAACAUCAUUAUGAUGAUUAUUAUAGAACAGCAAGUGUAACUGGUGGUGGUGGUGCAGGUGCAGGUGUUGGUGGUGCAACAACAACGCCUGAUAUGUAUACAAUAACAACAACACCUCAACAGUUGCAACAACAACAACAGCAUCAAGCACAUCAUCAUCAUCAUCAACCACAGCACCACCAUGAUCUUAAAUCAGUUGAACAUAAUAUGCAAAAUUUAAAUAUUGUUGAUAUGAAUAAUAUACCAAUAAAUAAUACAGCAACCACAAUUAUACAACAACAGCACCAUCACCAUCAUCCGCAUCAGCAACAGCAACAUCAACAUGCCCAACAUCAGCAUCAUCAGCAACACCAACAACAACAACAGCAUAGUUUGGUUGGUUCACAAUUAGGUGGUAAAGGUGAUGGUAAGGAUGUUAUGAUAAUAAAUAACAAAGGAUCAACAACAGCAACAAGCACAUCCUCUUCAUCAGCAACAGUUAUUAAUGAUAAUCCCUCUUCAACAAUAUUACAACAACAUCAACCAAAAAAAAUGACAUGGGCAAGUAUUGCAAGUCAACCAGCCAAGCCACAACUCUCAUUACAUGGUUCCGGCAGUGGUCUUGGAGGUGGUAUAGGAGGUGGUUUUAAAAAGAAAGGACCUGGUAUGCCACCAGGGCCAAUUAUUCCAGGAAAACAUAACAUGGAUAUUGGUACAUGGGAUACAACAACAAGUUCUACAACAACACAUCAACAACAGAACAAUAUUAAUAAUAAUAAUUUAAAUAAUAAACAAACAAUAUCAAUUGUUAAUAAUAUACAACAACAGCAACAACAAUUACCAACAACAACAACGUCAUCGUCUACAUCAUCAUCGGCAUCUAAUAAGUUACAGCAACAGCAGCAGCAACAACAAGUAAUGUCAGUAAAUGUUCGACCACAACAACAGCAACAAGUAAUAUUAUCACAACAAGCGUCAACAAAUGUACAACAGCAACCAACACAAACUAUACCAUGGUCAAGUGGUAAUCAACAGCAAUUGGUUGGUAGAAAUUCACACCAUUUAGUUCAGCCACAGCAACAACACCAGGUUGUAAAUCAAAUACAACAUCAACAACAACAUUACAUACAACAACAAGCAGCCGUUGUGCAUCAUCAUCAACAACAACAACAGCAACAACAACAACAUCUAUUACUGCAACAGCAACAACAACAAUUAAUGAUGCAACAACCAAAUACGGCAUUAGAUACUACAAACAACAUGGUUCUGUCAUCAAUGGUACAACAGCAACAACAACAACAGAGUCAUCCUGUAUUAGAUGAAUUACGUGUUAAAAACAAUUAUAAUCCAAGUAAAUUUGAUUUAACAGCACCUGGUGCACGCUUCUUUGUUAUCAAAUCAUAUUCGGAGGAUGAUAUACAUCGUAGUAUUAAAUAUGAGAUAUGGUGUUCAACCGAACACGGUAAUAAACGUUUAGAUCAAGCGUAUCGUGAACGUGAACGUGAACGUGAAUUACAAGGUGGUACAUCCACAGCAUGUGUGUAUUUAUUCUUUUCAGUAAAUGGUUCAGGACAUUUUUGUGGUAUGGCACAAAUGAUAUCACCUGUUGAUUAUCAUUCAAAUUCAAGUGUGUGGUCACAAGAUAAAUGGCGGGGACAAUUUAGAGUUCGAUGGAUAUAUGUUAAGGAUGUACCAAAUAUGCAAUUACGACACAUUAAAUUAGAGAAUAAUGAAAUGAAACCAGUUACGAAUUCACGUGAUACACAAGAAGUACCAUAUGCCCGGGGUAUACAAGUAUUACGAAUAAUACAUUCAUAUAAGCAUUCUACAUCGAUCUUUGAUGAUUUUAUACAUUAUGAAAAGCGACAAGAAGAAGAGGAUUAUAAUCGAAAAACAACAAUUACAAAUAAUACAACAAAUAUGCAACAACAACAACAUUCGUCGUCACCAUCAACAGAUAAUAAUACAACAACAUCAUCAUCGUCUACAACAUCAGCAACAGUAUCAUCAACAACAGUUACAACAACGUUAUCAUUAUCACCAACAACAACCAAUACAACAAAUACAACAUCGCAACAACAACAUAUUAAUUAUAAUAGUAAUCAACAUCAACAUAAUAAUAAUCAACAUCAACAUGGUGGUGGUGGACGUGAUAAUAAUAAUCAUCAUCGCGAUGGAGGUAGAAAUAGAAAUCAUCAAGAUCAUCAUCAUCAUUCACAGCACCAUCAUAAUAGAUCUGGUGGUGGUGGUGGUGGUGGCAACCAACGUAAUCAUCAUGAUAAUAAUCAUCAUCACAGCAAGGAUCAACAACAACGUGGUGGUGGUGGUGAUUCACGAAGUGGCGGUGGUAGAGGAGUACGUGGUACUAGUGGUCGAAAUAUAAAUUAAAAAAUAAUUAACAAUAACAACAAUAAAUAAAUAUGU